UCACAGCAGAGGAAUAUGCACGGCAGCCUGGAUGUGUUAGAACCACGACGCGGAUCCGGACAUUUCCAGGAAAACCUGAACCCGAUGGAGGGCUGCGGAAGAACCGGGGGGGGGAAACCUUCUGAUCUUCUGAGCAUGUGACUCCGAGGCGGGUGAGAACCAUGGGUGACUGGAACCUGCUGGGCAGCAUCCUAGAGGAGGUCCACGUCCACUCGACCAUCGUGGGGAAGAUCUGGCUCACCAUCCUCUUCAUCUUCCGAAUGCUGAUCCUGGGAGCCGCCGCCGAGGACGUCUGGGACGACGAGCAGUCCGAGUUCGUGUGCAACACCGACCAGCCGGGCUGCAAGGCCGUCUGCUACGACCGCGCCUUCCCCAUCUCGCUCAUCCGCUUCUGGGUGCUGCAGGUCAUCUUCGUGUCGUCGCCCUCGCUGGUCUACAUGGGCCACGCCCUCUACUGCAUCCGGGUGCUGGAGAAGGAGCGGCACCGGCGCCGCAACCAGCUCAAGGAGGAGCUGGACGAGACGGAGCCGGCGCUGGGCGAGCACCGGCGGGUGGAGAAGGAGCUGAGGAAGCUGGAGGAGCAGCGGCGGGUGAAGAAGGCUCCUCUCCGAGGCUCCCUGCUCAGAACGUACAUCAUCCAUAUCCUGACCCGCUCCGUGGUGGAGGUGGGCUUCAUCCUGGGCCAGUACGGCCUCUACGGGAUCCACCUGAAGCCGCUGUACCGCUGCGAGAGGCUGCCCUGCCCCAACAUGGUGGACUGCUACAUCUCCAGGCCCACGGAGAAGACCAUCUUCAUGGUCUUCAUGAUCGUCAUCGCCGGAGUGUCGCUUUUCCUGAACGUUCUGGAGAUAUCCCACUUGGGCGUGCGUAAGAUAAAGCAGACUCUGUACGGGGAGAGGUACGCGGCGGCGGAGGACGACAGUUUGAUCUAUCGGUCCAAGAAGAAGACGUCGUCCCCGCAGCUGUGCGUCACCAACGCCUCGCCGCACAACGGGCCGCUGACGCAGACGUUCAGGGUGAUUCCGCUGACGGACGUGAAGCCGCUCCAUCACGGCGGAGGGUCGAAGGAGGCGCAGAGGAACAACAGCCUGGUUCAGCUCAGUCCGACCAGCUACGCCUGCACGCCGCUGAGGAUGCCGCCCGGGUCCGGACAGAGCUGCACGCUCCAGAGUUCCCAAACCUCCGAGGGGGUGGAGGUCCGUGUGGAGCACCGCCCGGCCUGGAUGUCUGACCCGGCCAUGGAGGAACCGCCGGGCCGUCUGGAAACCAAGCAGGAGGACCCUCCCGCCCACGACCGCUGGGAACCUCUGCGGUCCGGGUGCCCCUACAGGCCCGGAGCUCUCCAGGACCGCGACGGCGAGAAGACGAGACGGGAGUCGGCGGCCAGCGACUUCCUGCUCCCCAAGUCCAGGAAGACCAGCUUCAUGGCCCGGCCUCCGUCCGAGAGCCUGUCCUCCAUGAGCGGCUCCACCAGCCCCUCCAUGCACUCCUCGGAGGAGUCGGACGAGUUGGGGUCCCUGCAGGGAGACAUGCCCAUGAUGCCGCCUGCCGGAGGCCGGAGAAUGUCCAUGAGCAUGUUCCUGGACAUCUCCUCCAUCAUGAAGAAAUGAUGCUGGGAUGAGCUGCGUCCCCGAUUCAUGUCUACGGCGGGCAGAGCUGGACCAGGAGCCGUGACGAGGCAGCAUGUUUGAAAAGCACCUUACAGUCUGCUGUGCCAGAACAUCUUUGUAUCUGUUAAAAACAAACUGCGACAUCAGACGCUCUUUACAGACAUCAACACUUUUCUAAAUCUGAGACUGAUUCCAGUCUGUGUAGUCAUUUAUAUUCUGUCAUGAAAAGUUCUGAUCCUCUCUGCUAUA